CUUUACUUUUUUUUUCUUUUGUAUAUGUUUUUAUUGUGUAAAUUAUUAUAUAUAAGCGUGUUUGCUUUGUUAUCAGCUGCGCCACCUUAUCUUCCACUUUACUAUCAUGAUGCCCUUGGUUUUUCUUCGGAUCAAAUCGGUUUAGUACUUGCCAUUGCUCCAUUCAUCCAAUCUGCUGCCUGUCCUUUAUGGACCAUUAUUGUUGAUAAACGUCCUCAUUUUCAUGGUACUGUCAUGGCUAUGACUGGUCUCUUAGGUGGUGUCGCUGUCAUGGGGAUCAUGAUGAUUGGUCAUAUCGUUUCUUCUAAUACUUUUCAAUUAUCCAAUGCUACUUUGGUUUUGUUGACUAGUUCCUUUGCUUUGACUUUUGCCUUUUUUACUCUUCCCAAUGUUUCUUUGGUCGAUAGUGCAGUCAUGAAGAUAUUGGGUCCAAAUAAAAUUUUAUAUGGUCAACAAAGAUUAUGGGGAUCUGUAUCUUGUGGCUUGACGAUCUUAGUAGUCGGUCAGCUGAUCUCUAUAACAAACAAUUUGGAUGUUUUAUUUUAUGUAUUUGGUAUAUCGACAUUGGUAUUCUCAUUCUUAUCCUUUUUAGUCCAAUUUGAUGAUUAUGAAGAAGGCAAGUUGGAAGAAGGAUUAGAGCAAGAUUCUGUACAUGAACGACUUCUCUCCAGUCAACCAUAUCACUCCAAUCAUACUAUGGCGUCUGGUGAAAAGAAAUUACUCAAAGGAAACUAUCAAUCGGUAUUGGCGGCUACAGCAGAUGAAGAAUCAUAUACUCAACUUUACAAGGCAGCAACAGCUCAAUCCAUUGUAUCGGUACGUGAAGAAGCAGAUGAAGCACUGGACACUGUUGGCGUUGAUCUUGGACUAGCCAUAUCAAGAAUACCAUCUGUUGAUCAAUCUAUGGCUCAUAUCUUGGAAGAUGAUGUACCCUCAUUAUCCAUCUUGGGAUCAGUUCGUGUUUUGACCUUUUUGGCUACAACAUUGAUGAUGGGUGUAUCUUUGUCGAUCAUUGUCAACUUUUUAUUCUUAUUCCAAGGUCGUGAUUUACAUAUGCCUGCAAGUUGGAUAGGUUGGAAUGGUCCUACAGGUGGAAUCACUGAACUUUUAUCUUUUUGUUUUGCAAAACAGUUGACGGAACGAUUUGGUGUCACAAAAUUGGUAUUAGCAGCACAUAUUGCAACAGCUAUAAGAUGUAUUGGUUACACACUAUUGAUUCCUGAUCGGUUUUCAACAAAUAUCUUUGCCAUGUUAUUACAAACAUUACAUGGGAUUGGUUUUGGUAUAUUCUGGGCAACAGCUGUCAGUGAAAUCGAUAGUUUCUUUCCCCCUGAACAACGAUCUGUAGCUCAAGGUAUUCUUGGCGCUCUACAUGCAGGUUUGGGAACUGGUCUUGGUGCAUUAAUUGGUGGCUAUAUCUAUGAAUAUUAUGGUGCUAUUAGUCUUUUCCGAGUAGCAGCUCUUUUGUGUGGUAUCAGCUCUGUUGUCUUUUGUAUUGGAAGGUUACCCCGUUACAAUGUGAACUAGUUUUAUCUUUUUUUUUUUUUUGUUAUAUAUUCUUUUUCUGUAUUGUUAUCAUUUAUCAUUAUUACCAUC